AUGUGGUCAUCGCGAAGUAAGAAAUCUUACCAGAGGAUUGAUGACGAUUACGAAGACGGUGAUCAACGAGCAAGCGCCUGCAGCAGUAUAUUACCAAUAAUGCAUACUGGACGAAACAUACUAUUCGGUGGUGGAUCAGCACAAUCAGAAUCUGCUCCCUUAAUAUCCGGAUCGUCAACCCCCGCGGACCCAUACAACCCACCGCCUUCAACCCAUGUGGUCGGUUCUUCUCGGAACGAUGAAGUGAAUCCUACUCCCCCUUCUAUGGCAUCCUCCUCAAGACACAGCGACCGUCGAUGGGAUCAUAUCGAUAAUUUGGACAGGUUUUUCACACUUGUUUACGAUUAUCACCAAGGAGGAGGGUUUGUGACAAUUGCUGUCAAGAAAUUGCUCGGUUUAGCACAGUUUGUCUUCGUUGUGACGUUUUCUACGUUUUUCCUGCAGUGCAUCGACUAUGAUGUACUCUUCGCCAACAAGAAUGUUUCAACUACGGGUACAACACUUACGGGGAAACGAAGCUUUAAUGAUGCUGUUAUCGAAAACUGUGCGGGUCAUCUACAUCCGCUAGUUAUCCUCUCUUUACUUGUCGCACUGGUUUUCUGGAUAUCUCGUGUUAUCAAAACGGCAUACUAUCUGUUGCAACUGCAUGAGAUACAAUUGUUUUAUCACUCUGCCUUACUUAUCGAAGACGCUCAACUAUCGAAUCUCACGUGGCACGCGGUUGUGAUGCGUAUUUGUGAGGUUCAAAAACGUCUUCAACUGAUUGUCGAUCGUGAUCAUGUGUCACCUAUCGACUUGUAUAAUCGUAUACUCAGGUUCAAAAAUUAUCUUGUCGCGUUGGUCAAUAAGCGAGUUUUGCCACCGGUAAUCAACGUGCCUUUUGUUGGUCCUGUUCCAUAUUUUCCUAAUGGACUCAAAUCCAAUCUACGGCGUAUUUUAUUUUUCGGGUCAACAUCACCUUGGGCUGGACCAUACUUAAAAGAAGAGUACAAGGAUCUUGAUAACCUCGAAACGCUAACAAGGCAAAUGGAAAAGGACGUUGCUAUGUACGGCUUCUUGAAUCUUAUGUUCUUCCCUUUGAUAUUUCUUUACCAAAUUCUCUAUUCAUUUUUCACACUUUCUGAGCUUAUCAAGAGGCGUCCGGAUGCACUUGGUAUACGAAGAUAUUCAAAUUACGGCAGGUAUCGAGUGAGACAUUUCAAUGAACUCACACAUGAGCUAAACGCGCGACUGAAUCGAUCGCAUGUUUAUGCCAACGCUUAUAUGAACCAGUUUUACUCGACAUUAACAGAAGUCUUUGCAAAGAAUGUUGCUUUUGUUGCUGGAGCUAUUGCUGGUGUGCUAGCUAUACUUUCUGCUUGGGACGAGGAUGUAUUGCAGAUCGAACAUGUUCUCACUGUAAUUUCUGUCUGUGGAGUAAUUAUUGUGAUAUGUCAUGGGAUGAUUCCCGAUGAAAAUCUUGUGUGGCAGCCUGAAGUGUUACUUGCUCAUGUCACUAGCGAAUUGAAUUACGUACCAGCAGAAUGGAAGGGUCAGGCCCACACUGAGCAGGUGCGGCGAGAAUUUGAGCAAUUCUUCCAGCUGAAAUGGAUGUUUCUGCUGCAAGAACUGAGCAGCCCCAUUCUGACGCCUUUCAUACUUCUUUUCUGGGUUCGCCCUAAUUGUCGUGAACUUGUGCGUUUCUUCUAUGAAAACACCAUUCGAGUUGAUGGACUCGGUGAUGUUUGUUCAUAUGCGUUGAUGGAUGUAGCCAGGCAUGGUGAUGCAAAAUGGAAUGGUUCUAUGACCAAUCCCACUGCAGCUCCUGCAUUUGAUGGAAAAACAGAGCUUUCGGUGCUUCAUUUCGCUACCACCAAUCCUGAAUGGAAUCCACCGCCAGCAAGUGCCCAAUUCUUGCAGAGGUUCAGGAGCAGGCUGGAACAAGAUAUUGCUUCUGCCGUUCAUCCCGGCACACUUGGUGAAGAAGGGAACUUGCUGAUGGAAUCAGUGCAUUCACUAGUGUCAUCGGUCAGGCCGAAGCAUCGGAAUCCACUUUUGGGUGAUGGGCUUCAUCGUAUGGACGGUCCCAUUGGCUCUAUAGGCGGAACGUUGUUGUCUACGCUAAAUCAAGUGAACCCGCAAGCCGUAGACUCUUUGACGCGGAGCUUGCAGCAGAGCGGCAUCGACCUGGACUCUGUUGGAGCUGGAAUGCGCAUACAAACACUUUUCCUGAGGGGAAUGCAUGAAGAAAGUCUAAGACGGAGCAGUGCCACAGCUGCUGGUUACGGAGCGAGUAUUGCUGUUAAUCCUGCUCAAAGUAUAUUCGGUGUACCACAGCUUAGUCAGAUGGACGAAUCUAUGGCGCCUGAAAAUGCUUCACAUAGUCGUCUUAUAUUGCGACCAAACUUACCAGGAACAAAUGAAGAAUUCGAGGAUGACGAACACAAUCAAAAUGGUGAUAGUGACGACGACGAAGCCCCUCCUCACUUCAUGAAUGUGUAGUUUUGAUUGCACAGAGAAGCUCUGGUGCUUAUAGAUUAGUUACAAAUUAUCCUGAAGGUAAAGGCUUGAAAUUUUUGCAUCAGUCUAGUCAUUCCCUGGUUGAGAUUGCGCAUUUUUUGAACGAUCGCUAUCUUUAGUGCAUUUUCGUAUAAUUUCUCUAUAGAGUUCUCAGGAAGUAGCACCAUCUGCUUCUCUUAUGCGUAUAGGAUUUUCAUAAUUGUCCUCAUUUUCCACACAUGUUCUAAGCAGCUUUUUUUAAUCUUUGCAUGCUACUUGAAGGGGUAUACAGUAUUGUGCCUCGCUCUUACAGUUUGCAUAAUUUUCUUGCUUUCGUUGUCGCUACUUUUCCACUUUUUUCUCACAACGCUCAAUUAGUUAUAUCUCACUGUCAUUUCUCCCGUUCAGGGUGUUAUACUUUGCCCGAAGCUUUCAUUUGGUUAACUACAUGAAAACUUUAGUUUCUUGAUUUCCAUUCCGUGCAAAGUAUAGCUCUUAUCGCUGAGAGUAUCGCGUCCAAGAACUUUCAGGAAAGCUCUCGUUUCGUCUGUUGUUCGUGUUUUAGCCCGAAGUGAAACGUUUCAUUGUCUAGUCUUUGCAUAUAUGAUUCUUCGUACUCACCGCCCGCAGCUGUCUCAUUACCCUUUUCUGGUAGUUGUUUUAGGUUAUCACUUGAAUUUGCCUCAUGUUGUACAUAACGUUCUUCGAAUAAAACAUACAUUGAAAA